ACGGUUGUUGUGCGGUGAGCGGCGACAUGGCGACGAGAGGGCGGUGUGACAGCGCUCGGAUCGCCGAAUCAGAAUGCCGAAGGCAACAGCUUGAAGCCUAUCUUCAGAGAAAGGGGAAACUGAAGAUUCCAGGUCCUAAUGACAGAUACUAUUUGGGGGACAAAACUAAUCGGAAGCUACAGCGACAAACUGCUGCAUUCAAAGCUGCCUUGGGAGAAAAUCAGAAGUGUGAUGCUCGCACAAAACCAUCCAAACUUAACAGUGUGAAGAACCCAACAUGCAUGAAUCAUUUCAAAUCAGUAGCUUCUAGGAAUCAAGUUCAGAGUGAUUCAAAAACCACACUCACUAAACAAGUUAUGACUGUUCUAUUCACUGUGGAUUCAAAUACAGAAAAGGAAUCUGUCACUGAUCCAAUGGCCCAAUCCAGACAAUGUGUGGGGGAUUUGCUUCCUGAAGCUUCAGCAUCUGGUGAAUUUAAUCAUAAUUCAAGAGAUCAAGAAAAGGAAAAUAAACUCACAGUUGGUACAGCUCAAAUUGUGGGACAGUCUACAAACAGUGCUUUAAUGAAGCAGUUUACUUUACGGUCAAAUAAUAUUCAAGACAGCAAAUUAAAGAAUACUGCUUCAGACAAUCAAUCAUGGGCAAUUGGUACUGACAAUAUAGCCAGGGCCGCCCCCGGAGCAGCCAGGCCCGUGGGUGCGCCCAGGGCCGCCCCCGGAGCAGCCAGGCCCGUGGGUGCGCCCAGGGCCGCCCCCGGAGCAGCCAGGCCCGUGGGUGCGCCCAGGGCCGCCCCCGGAGCAGCCAGGCCCGUGGGUGCGCCCAGGGCCGCCCCCGGAGCAGCCAGGCCCGUGGGUGCGCCCAGGGCCGCCCCCGGAGCAGCCAGGCCCGUGGGUGCGCCCAGGGCCGCCCCCGGAGCAGCCAGGCCCGUGGGUGCGCCCAGGGCCGCCCCCGGAGCAGCCAGGCCCGUGGGUGCGCCCAGGGCCGCCCCCGGAGCAGCCAGGCCCGUGGAUGCGCCCAGGGCCGCCCCCGGAGCAGCCAGGCCCGUGGGUGUGCCCAAGCCUGUAGGAGCUCCCAGAGUGGUUAAGACAACCUCAGCAGCAGCUAAAUCUACAGGUAUGGUGACAAUUCCAAAAGAGAAGACGGAAAAGAUCUGUGGGAAAUUAAGCAAGAGAGAACAAGAGCUUGCAAGGGUCAAAGCAGGGAAAUCUUCGAACAGUGCAAGCAUACAGAAUGGAUCUAAUUCUGCUACCAGUAGACCAGUGACAAUAUGGAAACCUUUUGCAAGAUCUGCUCAAAAGUUGCAUUUGACUUUGGAGUCUCCUACAAGAAAUAUAAAAAGUAAAGGAGCAUUACAGAACAUAAGUGGAUCUACAAAAACAGUAAUGAGCACAGUUAAGCGGCAAGAUGUCAAAAGCUCUAUCAUCAAGACACUGAGAGGAAAAGAUGAAAGAAGGAAGCAGCUUGAAGAGUGGUUGACUUCCAAAGGGAAGACCUACAAACGCCCUCCCAUGCCAACUCCUUUUAAGAAAGUAAUAAAGUCUGUUAAGAAGAAUUUGGAGCAUUCUUUCUUGGAAGUAAUGGAAAGAGAAGAACAGAAAGACCUGGCAGAUGGGGUACAGGACAUGUUGGAUGACUGCAUGAAGUUACUUGAAAGGGGUUCCUCUCCUAAACACAUAUAUGAAGCACUGAAGAAUGUUCCAGAAGGUGAAAAGUUUGCCAAGUACUGGAUUUGCCAAGCACGUCUGCUGGAAUUAACAGGCACAAUGGAGGCUGUCAUUGCCCUUUUUGAGAAGGCUGUUCACAGUGGCGCACAGCCUGUUGAAGAGCUGCGGUCUGCACUUGUGGAAACCAUCAUGAGAAAUGCAAACUCUCACACAGCCUGUACAGAAAAGGAAGAUACUAAAACAGAAAGUUUUGAAGAGACUGCAGUUGUCACACCUUGUACAAAAGUGAGGCUUUUGUGUGGCAAAACAGAUGAGCGUGGUUCAUCUGUGAUCAAAUACAGAAUCACUGCAACACCUCAAGUGCUCAGAAUGAAUGAAUCUAUGAGAAGAAUCCGAUCAACAGGUCAACAAGAUCUGAAGUUUCUAACCCCGGUCCGACGCUCAGUUCGCAUUGAGCAGGUUUCUGCUUCACACCCUGAGAUGCUAAGAGAACAUGACUGCUGUGUGACAUCACUGAAUGAACUUUUAGAUGAGGAGGAGGCUGAAACAUUUGUAUAUAGAGAAAACCAAGCUCUGCUGGGAGAAUAACAGAAUCGUGACUGAUAUGCUUCAGAUGUUUAGUGCAUACCAUUCACAUUAGCUACCAGAUUAUUUGUACGUUUUGUAUAGAAUAAACUAUUGCAUUUGAUAAUCUCAAAAAUAAGCUUCAUUUUUAUUUUUAUUUUAGAGAUACAAUGCAGAACAGAUCCUUCUGGCCCAAUGAGCCACACCACCCAGCAACCCAUCUAUUUAACCCUAGCAUAAUCACAAAGCCAGUUCCAAUGACCAUUCAACCUACUAACUGAUAUAUCUUUAGAAUAUGAGAGAAAACCGGAGCAUUCACGUGGAGGAACAUACAAACUCCUUACAAAUGACAUUGGAAUUGAGCUCCAAACCCUGAUGCCCCUAGCUGUAAUAGUGUCAUGCUAACUGCCAAGCUACUGUUGUUGCCUUUAGAAGUGCUAACUUAUCUCCUUGGCUAAGCAAUCUCCUGAUUCCACAAAUAAUGUACCAAUACUCUAUUACUGCUUGAAUUUUUACUGGGAAAAGCUAAUUACUGGGUGGUAAGUUCAUAUUUCUUCCAAGUUCUGUGUCCUAUUGUUUCUCUUUGCCCUUCCACACAUCUCUGUAAAUAUACCUUUACGUUUCUUGUUUUAUUUUUCUCAAUUUUUUCCUGCCUACAUCAAUAACAGUUUGCUAAAAUCUGAUUGGAUGACUUCCAAGGGCUCUACGUAAUUCUGGGGUCAUUGAUAUCACUUAGGGAAAUGAAGUAAACACAAGAGCUUCUGCCGAUGUUGGAAAGCCAGAGUAACACAAACACAAAGUGCUGGAGUAACUCAGCAGGUCAUGAAACAUCUAUGGAGAGGAAUAAAGAGCCAAUAUUUCAUGCUGAAACCUUUCACCAGGACUCCAUAAAUGUUGCCCGACCUACUGAGUUCCUCCUGUAGUCUUUUGUGUGAAGUAACUCAUACCUGUUCACUGUGGCAUGUAAUCUGUGAAGCAAGGUUUAUUAGUUUGUACUUUCAUCAACUAUUUAACAUGUUCCAAAGGAGCUUAUUAAUAACAUUGCUUAUUAAACUUAUUCUCAUAUUUCAUUAUUAUAUGGGAGGCUGCCUUUUGGCUCAUUGUGCCUACGUCAGCUCUAAUUAAUUCCAUUUCAUCUGUUUAUUACUUUGUAAGAUAUUGUCUUUUAUUGCUUCCCUCACCAUGUCUACAAAUAAGGGCAGUUUACAAGUUCAGAUUUAUUUAUCACAUGUACAUUGAUAAUAUGCUUGGGGCAGUCCGCAAAUUUCGCUACCCAUUCCUGUGCCAACAAUACAACUUGCCCACAAUGAACCUAUCAACCAGCAUGCCUGAUAUGGGAAAAAAAUGAUUUCCCCAGGUGGUCAGAGGGACAAUACAUAAGCUCCACAUGGCAGCACUAGAAAAUGGGAUCAAAGCUAGAUUACUAGAACUGUGAGCCAGCAAUACUAAAUGCUGUGUGACCAUGCUGUCCUACUGAGCAUAUUAGGCAGGACAUGAUAUGUACACACUGUGGCACUUUAUUAUGUAGGAGUAGAACCCAGUUUGGUCUUCUGCUGCUGUAGCCCCUUCAAGGUUCGAUGUCUUGUGUAUUCAAAGAUGUUCUUCUGCACACCACUAUUGUAGAGUGUGUUUAUUUGAGUUACUGUUGCCUUCCUGUCAGCUUGAACCCAUCUGGCCAUUCUUUGAACUCUCAUUAACAAGGCAUUUUCGCACACAGACUGUGCUCACUGUAUGAUUUUUGUUUCUCGUAUUCUCUGUAAACUCUAGUGCAGGGAUUCCCAACCUUUUUUAAUGCCAUGGAACCUUACCACUAACCAAAGGCUACGUGGAACACAGGUUGGGAACCCCUUCUCUUGAGACUGCUGUGCGUAAAAAUCCAAGGAGAUCAGCUGUUUCUCAGAUGCUUGAACUUCUUUGUCAGGCACCAAUGGUCAUUCCAUGGUCAGAGUCACUUAGAUCAUAUAUCUUCCCCAUUCUGAUGUUUCGUCUGAAUAAUAUCUGAGCCUCUUGAUCAUUUCUGCAUGUUUGAAUGGAUUAAGUUGCUGCCACAUGAUUGGCUGAUUAGAUAUUUGCACUAAUUGCCAGCUGUGCUAAUAAAGUGGCCACUGAGUGUAGAGAGAAUGGUAUACACAAGACUGUACUUAAGUAAACCUAGAAUCCUCACAGGGCUUGCUUUCUGUGACAAGUAACCAGAUCUUUCAGCUGCCUCUGUCAUUACCAGCUCUAGCCCAUGUACGACUGUCAACACAUCCACAUAGUUGAUUCUUAACUGCCCUUUGAACAUCCUAAGCAGUUCAAGCUAAUUUGGUUCCACUUGAAUUGUCUAUACCCCAGCAAUAAGGAGGAAAUUAGUAACCUUGCCAUUGAAGGAAUGGCACAAUUGCUGUAAAGUUUUUAAAGUGAUAAAAAUUAAACAUGUAUAUAAUAAACUUAUGUAUAGG